AUGACAAUCUCCAACAGUUUCCGAUCAACAAUAUCCACGACGUUCGUUCUCUUGGGUGGGGUUCUAUUCUCCAAGCAGGUUUCCUCUCUCGCCGUGACAGGAUCCUCCUCAUGCACGGAAACAUGCGGCAGCGGCUUCACCUACUCCACGGACCUCGUCUGCACCGACUCCGCCUUCAACAGUACAUCGAAGGGCCUAAAGCUAAAGAACUGUCUGCUCUGUGAAAGCACCAGCACAGCGUAUAGCUCGCCAACACAGAACGAUAUCUACUGGUUUCUCUUCAACCAGAAAUACAUCCUUCAAGACUGUCUUUUCGAUCGCGAAUCCGACGUCUCGCUCUCUCCAUGUGAAUCUUCCUGUCUACCGCUCAAACCCGUGCUCAAGACACUUUGGUUCCAGAAGGAAUGGGUCCCGCAGUACGAGUACUGCGAUAUGGGCGGCGGCGCGUUGGAGACGUAUGCGGGUGAUUGCGCGGAUUGUUUGAGAGGGAAAACGGGGUCGGUGUUUUUGGGGAAUUUCAUGGAUACUUUGAAUUCAGGAUGUCAGACGAAACCGAACGCAUCAGACGGUGAGACAGUGAAGUUGCGACAAGCGCUCUUCGCUACAGAGACAUCUCUCUCAACAACAACGAGUACCGGCGCAACUGGAACAGCAACAAAACCCACCACGACCUCGACAUCAGCCUCAACUUCUACCUCCACCACAGCCGACGCAUCAUCAACCCCAGCCCAAAACACAAAUACUCAGUCGGAAUCGGAAACAGGAUCAAGCGGCCUCUCCCCCGGCGCAGCAGCAGGAAUCGGCGUCGGAGCCGGAGCAGGCGGCCUAAUCCUGCUCGCAGCGCUAGUCUGGGUAUUUUUCUUGCGACGGCACAAAGCGCAGAACGACGAGAAAUACAUCCCGAAGUGGAAUGAUGAGAGUACGAGUAGUUUGAAACGUGACGGGCCGCCGACGGAGAUGCCGGCGUCCCGGUUUGGUAAUCCGCAAGAUCUAGAGGGGGGCAUGGUGAGGGCUGAGUUACCGGGUUCUUGA